AUGAAGGGAUUUUCUGACAGUUCCUCUUAUAAUUUAAAAGCGUACUUUAAUUUUUUCAGUUUCUGCGUUCCACUAAAACCCGAACAUCGCCAAUUUUUCUUAAAAAUAUUACUUCCUCUACACAAGCCAAGAACUUAUUUGCUAUAUUUUGCUCAGCUUUCAAACUGUGUUGCUUUAUUUAUCGAAAAAGAUUUUAGCCUUGUAAAGCCUACUUUUGACUAUUUACUUGGAAAAUGGCCGAAAGAUUAUUCGGCUAAAGAAGUUUUAUUACUAACGGAAAUUGAAGAAGUAUUGAGUCGAAUUGGAAAUAAUGAAUUUAAUUUAAUUUGUAAGCCACUCUUUCGACAGUUGGGAAAAUGCGCGUCAAGUCUGCAUUUCAGGGUAAUUUAA